AUGACGCUGCAGAAGAAGCUUGAUGAGCAUGAUGAUCAUGAUCAUCAUCAGCUUCACUUUGUUUUGAUACCCUUCAUGACCCCAGGUCAUCUUCUUCCCAUGGUGGACAUAGCCAUAAUGUUGGCUCGCCAGAAUCUCAAGGUGACUAUACUCACUACACCCCUCAACGCAGUUCGAGUCAGACCCGACAUUGAGAAAGAGAUCCGGUCGGGUUCAACUCUCCACCUUCGACUCUUUCAGUUCCCAAAUGCUGAAGCUGGUGUGCCUCAGGGAUGUGAGAGCUUUGAUACCUUACCUGCAGCAGAUCUUCGGUUUAACUUCAUGAAAGCUUUGUUGAUGUUGCAGAAGCCACUUGAACAGCUCUUUGAAAACCUUAAUCCAUCUCCAACCUGUGUCAUUUAUGACCCUUACAUUCCAUCUGUAGCUUCUGUAGCCAAAAAGUUCCGAGUUCCAGGAAUUACAUUCGAUGGAACAAACUGUUUCAAAAUGUUGUGCAAUCACAACCUGCGUGAAUAUUCCAAUGUCUACCAGAAUGUCGUCGUGUCUGGUUCAUCAGAACCAGUCCUUGUCCCUGGAUUGCCUCAUAAGAUUGAGUUUAAAAGAUGUCAGCUUCAUUCCUUAUUCUUUAAUGCCCCCACAAAGCUGGACGCUGAGUUUCGUGACAAAGUAUGGGAAGCUGAAGAAGAAGCAUUUGGAGUGCUUGUGAAUAGCUUUCAAGAGUUGGAAGAUGAGUAUCUUAAAGAGUACACAAAAGCCUCAGGAAAAAAUGUCUAUUGUAUCGGUCCUGUCUCUUUAUCCAUCAAAGACAACUUGGACAAAGCUCAAAGAGGCAAGACAGACUCGAACCAAGAAGGGCAAUACUUGAAGUGGCUUGAUUCAUGGCCUGCAAGAUCUGUCAUCUAUGUCUGCCUUGGAAGCUUAAACAACGUAACGCCAGAACAAUUAAUGGAGCUUGGUUUGGGGCUGGAAGCUACAGAGAGACCAUUCAUUCUGGUUCUGAGAGGAGCAUACAAAAGAGAGGAAAUGGAGAAGCUGCUGAAGGAAGAUGGAUUAGAAGAGAGAGUGAAAGAAAGAGGACAGAUAAUAAGAGGUUGGGUUCCACAAGUUCUGAUACUGUCACACAAAGCAAUUGGAGCAUUCUUAACACACUGUGGAUGGAACUCAACACUUGAAGGGAUAUGCAGUGGAGUGCCCUUAAUAACAUUUCCUUUGUUCGCAGAACAGUUUUAUAAUGAGAAGCUUGUAGUGCAGGUGCUGGAGAUAGGUGUGAGGUUGGGAGUUGAGAGUGCCAUGAAUUUUGGGGAAGAGGAAAAGUAUGGGGUUCAGGUGAAGAAGGAAAAAGUGAAGGAGGCAAUAGAGAAAGUGAUGAGUGAAGAAGAUGAAGAAAGUGAAAGGAUAAGAGAGAGAGCAAGAAAUUAUGCAGAGAAAGCAAACAAGGCAAUGGAGAAAGAUGGAUCUUCUGUUCUGAACAUGUCAGUGCUGAUUCAAGACAUGAUAAUACAACAACAGGUCAUAGGAUUGAAUUGA